CUCAACAGUCCCUCAUUCUCCCUCCCCCCCAUCCCAGAAGCGUUUCGGAAGUUGAUCUCUUGAUCGAAAGCGAAAAGAGAAAAGAAAAAUGUACACAGUCACAGACGAGACUCUCCAAACCCUCACGAGGGUCCUCAACGACGAGAACGAGUCGCUCGCUCGCCGCUUCCGGGCCCUCUUCUCCCUGAAGCAUGUCGCCUGUCUGCAGCCGCCCACCGACAAGACCCUCCCCGCGAUCAAGGCCAUCGCCGCCGCCUUUUCGUCUUCGUCAGCGCUCCUCAAGCACGAGCUCGCCUACUGCCUCGGCCAGACCCGCAACCCGGACUCGCUGUCCUUCCUCCACGAUGUCGUGAAGGAUCCCCAGGAGGACGCGAUGUGUCGCCACGAGGCGGCCGAGGCGCUGGGCGCCCUGGGCUACGAGAGCAGCUUGGAGAUCCUCAAGGCGUUGAGGGACGAUGCGAAGGAGCUUGAGGUCGUCAGGGAGACGUGCGAUAUCGCCGUGGACCGGAUUAUGUGGGAGAACUCGGAGGAGAAGAAAGCCGAGCAGUUGAAGCCUAGUGACUUCACCUCCAUUGACCCUGCGCCCCCGGCGCCGCUAGCUACCGAGGAGCCGUCCAUUCCGGACCUCGAGAAGACCCUCCUCGACACAUCCAUCCCUCUGUUCAAGCGAUACCGGGCUAUGUUCGCCCUGCGCGACCUUGCCUCCCCGCCUGACCUUCCUACUGCCGCUCCCGCCAUCGACGCGCUGUCCAAGGGCCUCAAGGACCCGUCCGCUCUGUUCCGCCACGAGAUCGCGUUUGUGUUUGGCCAGCUGUGCCACCCGGCCUCUGUCCCCUGUCUCACGGAGUGUCUCAGUAACCAGGGAGAGAUGGGUAUGGUGCGUCACGAAGCGGCGGAAGCGCUGGGCAGCCUGGGUGAGGUGGACGGCGUCGAGGACACGUUAAAGAAGUUCGUGAAUGACCCCGAGCAGGUGGUUCGAGACAGCAUCAUCGUGGCUCUGGAUAUGGCCGAGUAUGAGAAGAACGGAGAUAUUGAGUAUGCGCUGAUUCCGGCCACUGCUGCAUGAUGAUGGAAGGAUGGAAGGAUGAACCGGAAGAGAAAUGAAUCAUUACAAUGUCGCCUAUUUAAUUGCCCUCGUCA